CGUGGCGGCGCGCGGCGCGGCGGAGUCGCUGGGCCCCGGCGGGCGAGAGGGGGGCGUGGCGGCGCGCGGCGCGGCGGGGUCGCUGGGCCUCGACGAGCGCGCGGAGGCUGCUGGGCGGCGCUCCUCCCAGAGGUCUCUGGCGAUGUGGUUUGUACAGCCCCAGACCUCCAACGUCUCGAGAAGCUCGAGGCGGAGGUUUGUUCGCAAGUUUCGGUCUCAUGGGGGCCCUCGCCCAGCCCCACGACAGUCAAAAAACGACUCAGGACGCAAAGUCGGCCCCGGGGAACGGGCGCCCAGAGCUCCGGGGGCCGCGCAUUGAGAAAGCCAAGACAUGGGGCGCCUGGGACUGGCGGGGUUUCUCUCGACUUCGGCCUCUUGGUGGCCGCUUUCAGAGCUCAAGGGCUGUGUAAAAGCGGGCGAAGACUUACCCCUGGGGGCAGCGGCCGGAACCUUUGGAGCCGCGAACGGAAACAAAUCAGAUCGGCGGAUGACAGGGUUCGGCCUCCAGCGCAGCCGGCGCGGGCGCAGAGGCGGAAGGCUCCAGGUUAUUGCCAGAAGUAACCCGCCUGUAGGGGGACAUGCGCGACCUGACCCUCGCUCGUCGCCAGCAAGCGUUCCAGCGCAAGGCAGCCGGUGGCAGGCUCGCGCAGGGCACGGGGGCGCAGACGGCGGAGGCGGGCAUGCUGGCCGAGGGAGAUCGGCGGCGCGCAGCCACAGGAGAGGCCCGGGUGGCCGAGCAGGCAGAAGCAGAGGACGAGGGCAGCGAGGAUGCGGGAGCUGGGGAGGCAGCCUGCUCUGCGGCGGCAGCUCUGGCCGCGGCGGGUGCCGCGGACGUCCGGCCCGAGAGCGCGGCGGAGGCGCUCGGGGCCGCAGCCGCGCGGCUGCCGCGGGCGCCCGACCGGCGCGCGAACGAGGCGGCGGGCGCCACGGAGGAACGGCUUGGCGGCCCUGUGGGCGGCGACGAGUCGGAUCGACAGGAGACGCCGAGCAGGGAGCCGGUGUGGGAGCUGGCCGCCCCCGCGGCGGCGACAGUGGCUGCAGGUGAGGCCCGCGGUGGUCCGCCGCCGCCGCCGGCCGCUGCAGAGCUCGCAGCCGCGCGCGCGCGGACGCCGCCGCGCGGCCGAGCGCCCGCGGCAGGUCGGCGGCGGGCCGCCUCUGCGCCAGUGGGCCGCGGCCGCGGCGGCCCGCCGCCCGCGCGCUCCACGGAGCUCGGCGUCGCACGCUUGCCAGGUGCGCCGCUGCGCGGCCGAACGGAAGAGUGUGGAGCAGCAGACGCACCACCAGCCACAGGAGCGCCCAAGACGCCGCCUCGCGGCGGCGGUGCCGCCGCAGCGGCGGCGACGCCCAUGGCAACAUCGCCGAGCACGCCGUCGUGCGGCGGCGAGGCCUCCGCGGCGGCGGCGCCGCACGCCGCCAUGCGGCGGCGAGGGUUCCUCGGCGGCGGCGGCGGCGGCGGCAACGCCCGCGGCAGCAUCGCCGAGCACGCCGCCGUGCGGCGGCGAGGCCUCCGCGGCGGCGACGCCGGUGGCGCCCGCGGCAGCAUCGCCGAGCACGCCGCCAUGCGGCGGCGAGGGCUCCUCGGCGGCGGCGGCGGCGGCGGCAACGCCCGCGGCAGCAUCGCCGAGCACGCCGCCGUGCGGCGGCGAGGCCUCCGCGGCGGCGACGCCGGUGGCGCCCGCGGCAGCAUCGCCGAGCACGCCGCCAUGCGGCGGCGAGGGCUCCUCGGCGGCGGCGGCGGCGGCGGCAACGCCCGCGGCAGCAUCGCCGAGCACGCCGCCGUGCGGCGGCGAGGCCUCCGCGGCGGCGACGCCGGUGGCGCCCGCGGCAACAUCGCCGAGCACGCCGUGGCGCCCGCGGCAGCAUCGCCAAGCACGCAGCCGUGUGGCGGCGAGGCCUCCGCGGCGGCGGCGCCAGUGGCGCCCGCGGCAGCAUCGCCGAGCACGCCGCCGUGCUACGGCGAGGCCUCUGCGACGGCGGCGGCGUCAGCAUCGGCCGCAGGAACGCCCGAGACGGCGUCGUUCGGCGGCGAUGCCUCCGCGGCGGCAGCGGCAGCGCCAGGCUCGCCGCCGCGCAGCGGCGGCCUGGGCGCUGGCCCGUCGGAGAAGUCGCCGCGCGGGGCUGGGCGCGGCAUCGCCCAGCUGGGCGGGGGCGAGGAAGAGGAGGUUAGCUGCAAAGAGCGGCUGCCCCGCGAGGACGGGUUCGGGCCCGGCGCGGCUUGGCCAUCGUGGGGCGAGGAGGCCCCCUGCGAGGAGCAACCGGAGGGCACCUCUGCGGGCGAGGGCGCGCCGCCCGAGGCCGACGGCUCUGGGGAACCCCGUCCUCUCCGCCGCUCGCCCCGUUGCCUGGGCGCCCGGCCGAAAGAGACCGGUUCGGAGGAAGAAUUGCUCGUGAACCAGGACGCCGCGGCGGGCGCCGCCGAUGAAGACGAGGACAUCGAGCAGUGA